AUGGCAAGAACAGGUCAUUCCACCAACACAACUUCCAGAAGACACAGGGCAUGUCAACCACAGUUGCAGAAGCUCACGGACAAGGAGAUUUUGGAGUUGAAGAACUACCUUCCUGAGUGGACUGCGGCCAAAAGGAGUGAGAAGGGAGGGAUUUUCAUUGCCAUAGCAAGGGCGGCCAGGUUGUUUGCUCCUAAGGUGGACCAAAAACAAUGGAAAAAGAGGAAGCAGGUGUACAAGACUUGGUUGUUCAACAACAAGAAAAAGAAGGAAAGGAAGGACAUCAUCAAGUAUGGAAGGAAAUGGACGCCCAGGAUGGUGGUCUACCAGCAGAAACGGGAAGAGGUGCUGAAGAGGAUUGAGGAUGAGUCCGGGGUAAAGCCAGGAGAUCCUGGUAUGUUCAAAUAUUAUCAGGUGGCGGUGAAGAGAGUCAUGGCUGAAUUGGAUGACGACGAGUUGGAGAAGGCGAAAGAAACAGCGGAAGAGUGGUCCAACAACUGUCCGCCUCCGGAGAUACAAGCACAAGUCGCUUGGAAGAAGGGUCCGGCAUAUAUGGAGCACUUUUUGAACGAGAUGUGGAGGCAAUGUGGGAUGAGAGUUUUUGUGAUGUCGGCUUGGAAGAAUGAAAAGGGGGAGGUCCUGUUCGGGAUGCAUGAUGAUAACGAGGCCUUAGGAGAUGGGGACAGCUUCAUGAAGAUGAAGGACUGGAGAACAUUGAGCCAGUGUGGCAGGAGUACGCGCAGGAACAGUUCGGUGCCGUGGCAUGGGAUGGAGGACAUCAGGUCAAGGGAGGUCGAAAAAGAAUUUGAAAAUCAGCUUUCAAACUCGAAGUGGACGGGGAAGGAGAAGAAGGCCAUAGUGAGGGCCUUUCUUACAUCGCACUAUAGGAUAUGUUCCGGGAAGGACAAGGCAGUUGUGCCAUGGAGUGCCAUCGUGCACAGUCAGGAUGACUUCGUGGCCCGGACAUAUCUUCUGGCGGAUGUUGACUUGAAGGAGCCUUCCAAGCUGCAAAAUUGGGACACAACUGCCUUGCUCCAUUUCUGGUGUGCUCAGCAGGAAGCAGGCAAAGAUGGGGACAUGGUACCAUCUGUCAUAUCCGGCAAGUCGCCCUCUCCUCAGACUCGUAUUGUGAGAAAGCAGCAGAGGGUUACCAUCCGAAGGCCUCUGGAUUUGUUGACAGAAGCCGAGAGUGAUAAGGAGAGUGCCACUCAUCAUACGGAGGAUGAUGAGGAUGAUGACUUGGCUGACGGGAGACAUCCGCUGAAGAAGCCCAGGAUGGGAGGUCCUACACCCAAAGGGACGGCAGUCCCAUGUGCAAUUCCAAAGCCUCGCCCGGCCAAACCGGCCAACAAAGGUGCAUUACUGACAUCAUGA